GUUAAGUGUUUUGCUUUUUCGUCAGAUGUAGCCAUCUAAGCUAGCUAUGAUAGCCGACAGCCGCUUCCGCCAUGAACACCUCACUAAUGUUUAGUUUUAAUCUUGGUACGAAAACGACUUCUUGAAGAAAACAGAAGCUGAAACAGUUGUCAAGCUGAGCCGAGUAGCAUGCUGGACGUGGGGAAGUGGCCAGUGUUUGCACUCCUUCCACCUGAGGAACUACGGCUUAUCCGGCAGGCUUGUGUCUUUGGCAGUGCUGCAAAUGAAGCUCUCUAUGUCACUGUUAAUGAUGAGGUCUUUGCCUUGGGCACCAACUGUAGUGGCUGCUUAGGCCUCGGAGACCUUCAAAGCACUAUUGAGCCGCGCAGGAUUGAUGUCUUGUGCGGAAAGAAGAUUGUAUCCCUGAGCUACGGUACAGGACCACAUGUGGUUAUCGCCACUGCAGAUGGGGAGGUGUUUGCCUGGGGCCACAAUGGCUACAGCCAACUUGGAAAUGGGACCACAAACCAUGGUCUGAUCCCCGCCCUGGUCUCCACCAACCUCAUCAACAAGAGGGUGACGGAAGUGGCCUGUGGCUCCCACCACACCAUAGCUCUGACCAGUGACGGAGAGGUGUAUGCCUGGGGCUACAACAACUCGGGCCAAGUAGGUUCUGGGUCGACUGCCAAUCAGCCAACGCCACGUCGGGUUAGCAGCUGUCUACAGGGCAAAGUGGUUGUCAACAUAGCCUGUGGCCAGCUCUGCUCCAUGGCUGUUCUGGACAAUGGAGAGAUUUACGGUUGGGGCUAUAACUGCAAUGGGCAGCUGGGUUUGGGAAACAAUGGAAACCAGCAGACCCCGUGCAGGAUUGCUGCUCUGCAAGGUGUCAAUAUUGUGCAGGUGGCAUGUGGAUAUGCACACACGCUGGCCCUUACAGAUGAAGGAUUUGUUUAUGCAUGGGGAGCCAACUCCUACGGACAGCUGGGAACGGGCAAUAAAAGUAACCAGGCCCUCCCCAUCCUAAUAAACACAGACAAGGAGAGGAUGGUGGAGGUGGCUGCAUGUCACACCAGCCACACGUCAGCCGCCAAGACGCAGAGCGGGCAGGUUCUGAUGUGGGGUCAGUGUCGGGGUCAGGCCGUGUCCAGCCCUCACCUUACCCACUUUAGCAGCGCCGAUGACGUGUUCGCCUGCUUUGCCACACCGGCUGUCACGUGGCACCUUCUUUCAGUGGAUGGAGACGACUACCUGACAGUUGCUCAGUCUUUGAAGAAGGAGUUUGACAGUCCAGAGAUUUCUGACCUCAAGUUCUUAGUUGAUGGGAAGUGCAUCUAUGUUCACAAAGCUCUCCUGAAGAUCAGGUGUGAGCAUUUCCGUGCUUUGUUGAAUGAAACAGAUGAAGAUGUUAUAGAAAUUCACCAGUUCUCCUAUUUAGUGUACAGAGCCUUCCUGGAGUAUCUCUACACAGACAAUAUCAACCUGCCACCAGAGGAUGCUGUUGGUUUACUUGACCUGGCCACCUUUUACAGAGAGACAAGGCUCAAACGAUUGUGUCAGGAAACAAUCAAGAGGGGCAUUUCUGAAGAGAACGCCAUCACUCUGCUUUCUGCCGCGGUCAAAUAUGAGGCUCGGGACCUGGAGGAGUUCUGCUUCAAGUUUUGUGUCAACCAUCUAACAGCUGUUACUCAGACCCAGGCCUUUGCGGACAUGGAUCAUGACCUGCUCAAGAACUUCAUUAGCAAAGCGAGCCGCUAUGGGGCUUUCAAGAACUAGAAAGCCCCCUCCCCCCAUGCAGCAAUGGAUUCCAGAUGAUAUGUUUUAAUUCUGCAAAAGCAGAGCCAACCAAAGCAAAAUCCAAGCCAAUCUGCUCUUCAAAGACUUGUCAAGAGGUGAGGGGUUUGGGUGGAAACUGCUAUCUGAUGCUGCCGUAUUACUCUUAAUCCUGUCCAAACAUGGUGCAGUGGGGCAGAAAUAUUGGGUUGCUCUACUAAUCCGGCCUUAACAUGAAGAUGUGUCUGAGCUUUCCAGUUUGUCAGACCUGUUACUAAAAGCAUGCUGUAUUGCACAUGCAUCUGCAUCGUUUUAAGUUUACCUAGGAGGGAUAAAGGUGGCUAAAAAAAAUGCUGAAUGUUUAUCUAUAUUUGUCCCAAUGAAUCAUCAACUGAAGAACUUUUCUUUGCAAACCUCCAUUUUUUUUUUUUUUUGUAAGCUGCAACUGACCCAUGUGUACAUAAAGCAAUCAGCAGGAAUAAAUCCACCCUUUUACAUAUGUUCUUUCUUUUUUUGUAUACGGUUUACACUAAUUUAAAGCAUAUGAGUAUAAUUGUGGGUAUUAGAAAUGUUUUCAUUAUACUGGGCGAUCCAGUAGAAACCUUCAGGCUCUGUUUACUGAAUCUAAGCACAUGAAGAGCUUAACAGCCAAGCAGAAGGUAGAUAGGAUUUGAUAUAUCAUUAUUAAUCACUGUGGGAAAUGAAUUACUAAAACAAUUUUAAAACAUUUUAUUUGUUUGAUCUUCCUCGUUAUUUAGACGCAGUGGAUUUCCAAAUGGAAAAACGAGGACAGAGGAAAGGAUCUGAACUGUCAAUCUUAAAAUGCGCC